AUGGCUGGUCCUCCACCACCACCUCCUCCACCUCCUCCUCCUCCUCCUGCAGGGCUUGGACAGUCCUCUAAUAAUGCUGUGACACCAGCUAGUUCUGUCAUGCAAGGUCGUGAUGCUUUACUGGGCGAUAUAAGAAAAGGGACACGAUUAAAGAAGGCACAAACUAACGAUAGAAGUGCGCCAGCUAUUACAGCUAAUAUCUCAUCGACUCCCGUCCCUACGGGGCCUCCUUCUUCCGCUCCUGCAAUCCCAACGAUGCCGGCAGGUGCACCACAGUUAGGUGAUAUCUUAGCUGGCGGGCUCCCAAAACUAAAACAUGUAGACAAAUCUGCUCCAACUCCUAAUAUUCCAACGGGUAGACCUAGCAAUAGAAGUCACCAGAAGAAGGCCUCUGUAUCCGUGCCUCAAGCGAACUCCACGCCUGCUCCUCCAAUACCUUCCGGUGCACCACCAAUUCCAACAAGUGCUCCUCCUAUACCUGCAGCUCAUACACCAAGCAUACCCUCCCAUCCAGGCCAAAAGUCCUCACGAACUUCUUCAAAUCAAAAUAAUCAGUCUUCGAGUACAUUCCCAUCAAUACCGGCACACCCAAGCAAAAGGCCCACAAGAGCUCCAUCAAAUACAGUUCCUGCUGCACCACCACCACCUCCACCUCCUCCUUCAAUCCCAUCUGCUCCUCCACAACGGCCAAUAUCUGUCUCUACUUCUACAACAACUACUGAAGUAUCUAGUACUCCCCUACCAAAUGGAUUACCAUUUUUGGCAGACAUUAACGCAAGAAGAUCUGAAAGGCAUGUAGUUGAUUCAAUCCCAUCAACCUCAACAGCAGGUAAAACCUCUUCUCCUUCUACUGGCUAUACUCCAGCUAUGCCGUCGGCCCCGGCACCUUCCGUCCCUGCAGCUCCGGCUCCAUCAACGCCAUCUAUGCCAGCAAUUUCUGCUCCGAUGCCACCGCAUGUUCCUGCUCCAUCGGCACCCUCUGCUCCAUCCAUAGGAGUUCCACCUAAGUUGGCAGCUCCACCUCUUCCAUUCGCAGUGCCCCCAUCUGCUCCACCGCUACCAUCUACCACUGCUCCGUCUGCUCCACCACUUCCAUCUACCACUGCUCCAUCUGCCCCACCGCUGCCAUCCACUACUCCUCCAUCUGCCCCACUGCUACCAUCUACUACUGCUCCAUUUGCCCCACCACUGCCAUCCACUACUCCUCCAUCUACUACUGCCCCACCCCCUCCACCCGCUCCAGAGCUCUCAUCUAGUGCAUCAACAGCUACCCCACCACCACCUCCUCCACCUCCUCCAGCUUCCUCUUCUUUAUCGGGUAAUGCACAAUCAGAACUAUCUGUACCUGUCAGUGCUGGUCCUCUUCCAUUCUUAGCUGAAAUUCAAAAGAAAAGAGAUGACAGAUUUGUCGUUGGAGGCAAUACAGGUUACCAAACAGCGGUAGAUCCAGCUUCUGUUCCCGAUGCUUCUGGUCCAUUGACAGUUCCAUCCGCAUCUUUGCCAAGCAAGAGCGGUAAUUCAUUUUUAAAUGAAAUUGAAUCAAAAAUGAAAACCAAGAAUAAACCGGUAAUACCUGCAGCUUCAUCAACAUCUUCUGUCCCUACCUCGACAGCACCUCCCUUGCCUUCAAUGGCACCACCCGCUCCAAUGGCACCAGCACCGCCGGCUAUCCCUUCUGCUCCUGCCGCGAUAGCCCCGCAGCCCAAUACUAAAACUUCAUUUUUGAGUGAAAUUGAAUCUACCAUAGGUCAUCACCAACCUUCUGUGCCCCCACCAAUGGUCCCUUCUGCGCCAGCUCCUUUAGCUCCGUCACUCCCAGUUUAUAAUGCCCCAUCUAAACCGGCGCCUGCUGUGCCAGCAGAAAAUACUAUAACGACGCAUUCUCCUCAUCCGCCACCACCACCUCCUCCCCCUCCUGCACCUGUACCUGAAUUACCUACGUCGAGCGCAUCCCAUUCAGUUCCUCAAUCCUCAUCCUCAUUUAGUAAACAACGUCUAUUUGCAUCAUCAGAACCUGUGCGUAAUAAAAUAAGCCCAGACUCAUAUACAUUAGAUGUGAAUACUUCAAGAAGCGUAACGACCGAUGGUAAAAAAGCCCAACUCAAAAUUGAUGAUUCAAGAUUCAAUUGGAAAACAAACGUUGCUCAAAUGCCAGCACCAAGAAAAUUCCAAAAAAUAAAAAAAUUGUACCCAAGCGGAGGGGGUAGUACUGUUCCGUUAGAUUUCAGUCUAUAUAAUUAA